AAGAGCAGUGAUUGGCAGGGGGUGCUGUGAGCUUCAGGGCACUGACCAGAGGGGCAGAGGAAGGCAGGAGAGGCUGUCUUGGAAGAUAAGAUCAUGCUUCACCUGAAGAUACUUCCAUUUCUGUUCUUCCUCCACACACAGCUUGUCAAGGCCUUUCCAGCACCUUCUGAGCAACUGGAAGAGAAAAAUAUAAAAACUGCUGAGCAUUACCUACAAAAGUUCUACCACUUACCAAGCAAUCAAUUCCGGUCUGUGAGGAACGCCACCAUGUUUGCAGAGAAGCUCAAGGAGAUGCAACGCUUCUUCGGCUUGCCUGAGACGGGGAGGCCAGAUGCAGCUACAAUGGAGAUGAUGGAAAAGCCCCGAUGUGGAGUGCCUGACUCUGGUGAUUUCUUGCUAACCCCAGGAAACCCCAAGUGGACACACACUAACCUGACCUACAGGAUUAUAAACCAUACCCCGCAGCUGUCAAGAGUUGCAGUGAAAGCAGCAAUUGAGCAAGCUUUUCAGGUCUGGAGUGUGGCUUCACCCCUGACCUUCACGGAGACCUUACAGGGCGAAGCAGACAUCAACAUUGCUUUCGUCUCAAGAGACCAUGGUGACAAUUCUCCAUUUGAUGGACCCAAUGGAAUCCUUGCCCAUGCCUUUCAACCCGGCCCGGGCAUUGGAGGAGAUGCUCAUUUUGAUUCAGAAGAAACGUGGACUCAAGAUUACAAGAAUUACAACCUGUUUCUUGUGGCUGCUCAUGAAUUUGGACAUUCCCUGGGACUCUCUCACUCCGCUGACCCUGGAGCUUUGAUGUACCCAAAUUAUGCUUACAGGGAACCCAGCACCUAUUCACUACCUCAAGAUGAUAUCAAUGGCAUCCAGACAAUCUAUGGACCAUCAAACAACCCCAUCCAACCUACUGGGCCCAGCACCCCAACAGCCUGUGACCCCCGCCUGAGAUUUGAUGCUGCUACCACACUCCGUGGGGAGAUUUACUUCUUUAAAGACAAGUACUUCUGGAGACGGCAUCCUCAGCUGAGAACAGUUGACCUCAAUUUCAUAUCUCUGUUCUGGCCCUUCCUACCCAAUGGCCUUCAGGCUGCUUAUGAAGAUUUUGAUAGAGACCUGGUUUUGCUCUUUAAAGGCAGACAGUACUGGGCUCUAAGAGGCUAUGACCUGCAGCGAGGUUACCCCAGAGAUAUAUCCAACUAUGGAUUCCCAAGGAGUGUCCAAGCCAUUGAUGCAGCUGUUUCCUAUGGCGGGAAGACAUACUUCUUCAUAAACAACCAGUGCUGGAGAUAUGACAAUCAAAGAGGAUCCAUGGACCCAGGUUACCCCAAAAGCACAGCGAGCGUGUUCCCGGGAGUGAACUGUAGAGUGGACGCAGUUUUCCUGCAGGACUCCUUCUUCCUCUUCUUCAGUGGACCACGGUACUUUGCAUUUAAUCUUGUCAAUCGCAGAAUCACUAGAGUUGCAAGAAGCAAUUUAUGGCUUAACUGUUCAUAGAGUUGGGCAAAGUCAAAUGUCCUCACAUCUACCCUAUGAAUGCAAAAGGGAAGCUUAGUCUGUGUAUUCAUCCCACGCAUCCCGCCCAGACUUUCCUCAGUGGUAACUAACGCUGAAGCUGUCCUGGAAGAACCAGCGUUUGCAAUCUUCCAUUCCCGGCCACGGCUGACUCCUGCACAUUCUGUCCCUGGUUAGUGAACGCAUCACAAAGAGAGCAAGCCGUCCGUCCAUCACCUUCAUCUUCACUGUUUCAUUAUCCGCCUCUAACUUAAGACACCUCUAAGCCUUCUAAACCUCCUGUUUUAUUACUUGCUAGCUUCAAAUAUUCCUAAAUCUCUUCGAACAGGGAAUCUAGCACUGGAUUUUCAUUACACAUGAGGAUUAUAAGCACAUAGAGAUUAUCCCCUCAGGUGUACAGAAAAUGUGCUGUUAUUUCUUCCCUUGGAAAGAUUAUGAAAAGUAUGUAUUGUGGGUUGGAUCAUGCCCCUCCACUUGCUAGGAAAAAAUAUAUAUUGAAAUCUUAACCCAGCUGUUUAUCUAGCUGUUAGCCAGAGUCUUUGAAGAUAUAAUGAAUUAUGUGUAAACGACAAGACAGCUUUAAACAGGAUUAGGAUGAGCCGUAAACCCAUACCUAAGUUCUUAUAAAAAGGAGUGAGGGAUGCAGAUGUCACUCAGAGAUUAAAGCAUUUGCCUCACAUCUUUCAUUCUGAGGAGACCUGAGGAGAAUCAGCAGAGGCAUAGACAGAAGAGACCAGGCAAAGGGACCCAGGCACUGGAGGGCUGCGUCUGUAAGGCUAUUUGCCAAUAAUUUCCCGGGCAGAGGCAGGUGGGAAGAAGUUUAAAAAAAGGACCAUUCCUUUCUCAAACAGAUUCCAGAUCUGGGACACUUGCUGAUGUGGGUUUUCUGGUUUUAGUGAAAAAAAUAAUAAAGCUAUUAUCCUACUCUA